AUUUUUUGUGUUUCUUUGAAUUUUAAUUAAAGUUAAUGGAAAUUGUUAAAAAUUUUGUAUGUACUUAUAAAUUAAACUAAAAUUUUCUGCUUUAUAUGACGUAGACAAACAGCUGAUACAGCAGAUUAAAGACUCCAUGGUUAUCUGUCCUGACUUCCGCCGAAUGUAUAGUAGAUUGCACAGUGGCACGUGCAUCCUCUACAACUAAACAUGGAAAAUAUUACAGCAGCAUUAAAUGAACUCCUAAACGAAGCCAAGGAGCUAUGUAUCGGCACCGAUAUAGUAGAACUAGAUCAAAUACCAGAACCGCUUGAGUUUGCACGAAAUUUCUACGCUAAAAACCAACCAGUGGUGAUAAGGAAUGCCGUGAAACAUUGGCCGGCGGUACAAAAGUGGAACUCGGCAUAUCUUGAGCAAGUGCUUGGUAGUAAAUUAUUAGACGUAACGACAACACCUAAUGGUUACGCAGACGGUUUGGCGGUACAAGGAGGAAUUGAGUAUUUUGUACUGCCGCUAGAAGAAAAAAUGUGCAUGCGCGAUUUCUUGCAAAAACUAGACGACCCUACUGGACCCAUACAUUAUAUUCAAAAACAAAAUUCAAAUUUUACAACUGAUUUUCCGGAAUUGGCAGAUGAUAUCAAUGUUAAAGAUUUAGACUUUGCGCAACAAUGUUUGAAUGGUCCACCAUUAGUGAAUUUUUGGAUGGGUGACAAGAGUGCUGUUACAUCGAUGCAUAAAGAUCCAUUUGACAAUUUAUAUUGCGUCAUAUCCGGGUACAAAGACUUCAUUCUUUUACCACCGCAUCAAGUGAUAAAUAUUCCGCGACAACUUUAUCCCGUCGGAAAGUAUCAACGGAAUGAAUCGGGUCAGUUUUAUAUCGAACCUGUACUUAAUAUACAAGAAGACAGUAAUGAAAGCGAACCACUACGCACAGAGUGGAUAAGUGUUGAUCCCUUAUAUCCAGAUUUCAACAAAUUUCCGAAAUUUGCCAAUUGCAAACCUUUGCGGGUACGUGUGAAUGCCGGUGAUAUUUUGUUUUUACCCAACUUCUGGUUUCACCAUGUACAACAGAGUCACAAAUGCAUAGCAGUGAAUUUUUGGUACGAUAUGGAGUUCGAUAGCCGUUAUUGCUUCUUCAGAAUGCUGGAAAAACUCUUGGAAGCACAAAAAUAGAUUUUAAUUUUCGAUUUACUUAUUUUUAGUUUUCAAAAAUAGUUACCAAUUGUAGCAAUCAAAAAUAUAUCAAUAAA